GGAAGCUGCGACGCGGAGUUUCACUCCGGCUGUCUCCUCCUCAGAGUCAGAACCGCAGCCGGAGUCGUACCCAGGCCGAGCUGGAGCUGCAGCCGGAGCACGGCGGUGCCCUCAGCCUGCCCCCUCGCCUUCCUCUGCCUCGGUGCCUUGGAAUUUGUGUUGCUGAGUCAGCAAGACUUUCAGAUUUGCCUGGUUUUUGUUGUUUGCAUUUUUUAUCAAGAUGGGAACUCAACCAAGUCAUUCCUCUUAAGGAUCUGGUAUCUCCAUCAAGAAAAGACAGUUUGUGCCAGCUCUCCAGAGAGAAAAGGCUGUUUGGAAAUGUUCUGCAAGUUGGUUCAUCAGGGGAUGUGUGAACAUGCUGGGACAUACUACAUGUGGUGAUACAUAGGAGGCCUCUGCUGCCUGAGAGAUGAGUGAUGCCUGCCAGGAGGUGCCAGGAGAAAAGUCUGGACUCAGGAGUAAUUGACUUUGAAACCAGUCCUGUGAUUUGUACCUGGAUGUGGUUCCAGAGACUCCUAAUUGCAGGCACUGAACUAAUCAGCCAGCCAGCCGUCCGCAGAGGUAGAUAUGCUGCUCGACUGACCGAAUUUUUCCUUGCUGCCUGAGCAAAGAGACAGGAGCAGAUCUGCUGGAAGCACUGGGCAAUGAACCAGAGACUGCAGCCCAGAGUGGUCUGAAGCCGUUUGGGAAAGCAGAGGGAGUCCUGGAGAAGAUGGCCAUGGCCCCAAGCCCUUCCCUGGCUCAGGCGUACACCAGCCCUGUGGCAGUGGCUGUGUGGGAAUGGCAGGAUGGGCUGGGCAUCUGGCACCCCUACAGUGCCACUGUCUGUAGUUACAUUGAGCAGCAGUUUGUCCAGCAGAAGGGCCAGCGCUUUGGGCUGGGGAGCCUGGCCCACAGCAUCCCCUUAGGCCAAGCUGAUCCCUCGCUGGCCCCUUAUAUCAUUGACCUACCCAGCUGGACUCAGUUCCGUCAGGACACUGGCACCAUGAGGGCUGUGCGGAGGCACCUGUUCCCCCAGCAUUCAGCCCCAGGCCGGGGCGUUGUCUGGGAGUGGCUGAGUGAUGAUGGCUCCUGGACACCCUAUGAAGCCAGCGUCUGUGACUAUCUGGAGCAGCAGGUGGCCAGGGGCAACCAGCUCGUAGACUUGGCGCCUCUGGGAUACAACUACACCGUCAACUAUGCCACCUACACGCAGACCAACAAGACUUCAAGCUUUUGCCGUAGUGUGCGGCGCCAAGCAGGGCCCCCUUACCCGGUGACCACCAUCAUUGCUCCACCAGGCCAUACAGGAGUUGCCUGCUCUUGCCAUCAGUGCCUCAGUGGCGGUGGAACUGGCCCCGUGUCAGGCCGCUACCGCCACUCCAUGACCAGCCUCCCUGCAUACCCUGUCCCCCAGCCCCCACACAGGACCGCCAUUGUCUUUGGGGCCCACCAGGCCUUUGCCCCAUACAAUAAGCCCUCACUCUCUGGAGCUAGGUCUGCACCCAGGCUGAAUACCACCAACCCUUGGGGUGGGGCACCGCCCUCCCUGGGGAACCAGUCCCCUUACUGCUCCAGCCUCUCCCACCUGGGACCACCGCACCAGCCCCCAGGAUCAUCCACUACCAGUGGAGCCAGUGCCUCCCUCCCCAGUGGUCCUGUGAGCAGCCCUGGGAGCAUCCCUGCCACUGUGCCCGUGCAGAUGCCGAAGCCCAGCAGGGUCCAGCAAGCCCUCGCAGGCAUGACGAGUGUUUUGAUGUCAGCCAUCGGACUCCCUGUGUGUCUUAGCCACGCACCCCAGCCCGCCAGCCCUUCCGCCUCCUGUCUGGCCUCUAAAAGUCACAGCUCAGUUAAGAGAUUGAGGAAAAUGUCCAUGAAAGGAGGGACUCCAAAGCCAGAGCCAGAACAAGUGAUAAGAAACUAUACCGAAGAGCUGAAAACAGCCCCAGAUGAGGACUGCAUCAUCUGUAUGGAGAAACUGUCUGUGGUGUCUGGCUACAGUGACGUGACUGACAGCAAGACCAUCGGGCCAGUGGCUGUGGGCUGCCUCUCUAAGUGCAGCCAUGCCUUCCACCUGCUCUGCCUGCUGGCCAUGUACUGCAAUGGGAACAAGGAUGGAAGUUUGCAGUGUCCUUCCUGCAAAACCAUCUAUGGAGAGAAAACUGGGACCCAGCCCCGGGGGAAGAUGGAGGUGUUCAGGUUUCAGGUGUCCCUCCCUGGCCACGAGGACUGCGGGACAAUACUCAUAGUUUACAACAUUCCUCACGGCAUUCAGGGCCCUGAGCACCCCAACCCUGGGAAGCCAUUCACCGCCAGAGGGUUUCCCCGCCAGUGCUACCUUCCAGACAAUGCCCAGGGCCGAAAGGUCCUGGAGCUGCUAAAGGUGGCCUGGAAGAGGCGACUUAUCUUCACAGUGGGGACAUCUAGCACCACAGGCGAGACUGACACAGUGGUGUGGAACGAGAUCCACCACAAGACAGAGAUGGACCGCAAUGUGACAGGCCAUGGCUACCCUGACCCCAACUACCUGCAGAAUGUGCUGGCUGAGCUGGCCGCUCAGGGGGUGACCGAGGACUGCCUGGAGCAGUAGUGACCACCCAGCCUGGCAGCCAGCCCCCUACACUUACUGCUGGCUGGGCUGCUCCUAGGAUGGGCAAGUGAGAAGGUGCCUUUCCUCGGAGGCUGGAAUAUUUGUUGCGGGCACGGGCGUGCUCCACGGAAGUUGGGGCUUUUCCUGUUUGCCUUUCCCCCUUCUUCCUCCCCUCCAGGCCUGGGUCUGUGUUAGAAUUGGGCAAGCCUGGGGAGUUGUACUUGUGGGGGCUUAAGAUGCAGCUACCUCAGUGCAUGGAGGCCGUCUGUCCUCAGCUGGCUGUGUUGGGCCUGCAGUGCUGGGGGCCUGGCAUGGGAUGAGGAGAGACUGCCUUACUCCCAGCCAGGGACAGGCAUGGGUCUGGAUCAGCUUCUCAUACCUCAGAUGUUCUGUUUGCAAUAAAUGCCCAAUAGCCAAAGUAGGCAGGCCCUGGUGCGUUUGUCAGUGGAGAGGCUGUAUGUGUGUGUGUGUGUGUGUGUAUGUGAUGUGUGAAGGCCAGCACACCUGUCCUGCUGUAUCAGAGCAGGAAGGGAUCUUAUGGGCUGCCCAUUCAACCCUUAUGUCUUAAAUGAAGAAAGUGAGGCUGUGGUGAGGGCCAGAGGGCCCAUGGCACUUGCCCGUGUUGCUUCCCUGUUCCCCACUCCAGUUCCCCUUGCAGUGUGCAGUCUGGCAACUCGGAGCCCACCAUCUCAUUACUUCCUCAGGUCCUGGGGAGCGUUGCUCAUGUGAAGUAAGUGCUGCUGUCUCCAUUUUACAGAUGAGAAAAUUGAGGUUCAAGGGCAUAGUAACUGGCCCAAGGUCCCGACUAGUGGUAGAGCCAGAGCUAGAAUCCAGGCCAGGAUUGGUCUGAUGCCAUCCUCAAAGUUCUAAUUCUUCUGGACCAUCUUAGAAGGAGAAUCAAAUAUUCCCAGACUUGCUCUCUGCCUAGGGGCAGUGCUUGUAGCCUGGGGCUGGAGGGACACAACCACAUUUUGUGUAGGCUUGUGGCACUUUUGCCUUUGCGAGCCCCUUUCUCCAUAAGAAGAAAAACUUAAAUUUUGUUCUAUGAUGUGUUGGUAUAAAUCUGAAUAUACUUUAGAGCAUUUUCUUCUAUCUAGAAGUUCAUUCUUUUCCCCUUCUGAUUUUAAAAGAAAUUAAGAUGUUUUCCUGGGUCUCUAAAAGUAUUGUGGACCCUGGGCACUGUACCCAGUGAGCCUCAUGGAGGAGCUGGUCAAGGUCAUAGUAACUGGCCCCCAAAGCAGGGAGGCCUGGCUGGACCCCCAGCCUGUUUGGUUCCAGGAUGAGACGUGCUCCACUGGCCCACAGGGCAUGGGAGUUGGAUGGGUGCCAGUUGAGUGCUGCCUUCAUCUUGGUUCCCACCAUUGAAGUAUAGUGAGAAUCAGAAUGGGAAAACAUGUUUACAAAUCAUCUGCCUGUUGGGGGUCUAGUAUCCAGGGUAUAUAAGGAACUCAACGACUCAACAAUCCUUUGCUUUUAAAAAACAAAGGAUUUUUCUCCGAAAAAGAUAUAUAGAUGGCUGGCAAGCACAUGAAAAAUGCCCAGUGUAAUCAGGGAAAUGCAAAUCAAAACCACAAAGCGAUACCACUGCAUACCCAAUUAGAAUGGUUAUUAUUUUAAAAAAAUAAAGGGAAAUAGCGACUUAAUGAGGAUGUGGAGAAAUUAGAACCCUCAUCUGCUGCUGGUGGGGAUGUAAAAUGCAGCUGCUUUGGAAAAUGGGCAGUUUCUCAAAAAGUUACCGUAUGACUAAGCAAUUCUAAUCCUAAGUUCGUAUCCAAGAACUGAAAACAUGUCUAUACGAAAACUUGAUCGUAAAUGUUCACAGCAACGUUAUUCAUAAUAGCCAAAAAGUGGGAAAUACCCAAAUGUCCAUCCACCAAUGAAUGGAUAAACAAAAUGGAAUGUCGAUCAGAAGCACUGAUACAGCUACAACAUGGAUGAACCUUGAAACAGGAUGCGGAGUGGAAAAACCAAACGGAAGCCCACAUACUGUGUGAUUUCGUUUAUGUAAAAUGUCCAGAACGGGCAAAUCCACAGAGGCAGAAAGUCGAUUAGUUGUUCUCCAGCGGGUGGGUGGAAAUAAGGGGUCACUUUUUCAUGAGUACUGUGUUUGUUCUCUCUUGGGGUGGUGAGAAGGUUCUGGAAUUGGUUGUGAAGAUCACACAACUUGUGAAUGUACUGAAAACCAGUGAAUUGUAUACUUUUAAAGGAUGAACUUUGAUAUGUGAAUUAUAUCUUAGUAAAAAAAAAUAGAACCAAA